UCGCGAGGCACGUACAUAUGGUGCGCAGAUCUUUCUAUCGCGCAGAUGCGGUAGUAAGACUUUACAAAACAUCACACCAACGCUGACAUUGAGAGGGCUGCAGAUAUCUAUAUCGACGUUGUCUUUAGAAAGGCAUUCACCAUGCUAUCAGCAAAACGCAUCGCAGAUGCAGGAUACAGGGUGUUCUCCGGCUCCAUGAUGCUGUUAACAUUAUACGGAGGAUACCUAUGCACAGUGCGAGCACAGCGCUUUUUGGAGAAACAGAAACAAAUUGAAGCCGCGGCGCAGGAUCAGACAGAGCCAGAGUUAAAGGACUGACGGACAUUCCUACCUCAAAUGGAUGUCAUUCCAGGAGAGUGAACUCUUUAUUUCUACGCAUGGUCAUCGCAAUCAUGUUGCUAUGUUGUGGCCUAAGGGAGGAAGAACGCACCUCAAGACUAGUCUUUCUUUAUUGCAUCCUAAGAUGUGACCCUUGUUUUAGGCCAGGCUGUGAUCGGAUGCUAUUCAUAAUUUUGAGUGAUUGUGGAAUAUAUUAAACAUGGUUCCAUGUCUCCUGUAA